AAAAUGUUUAUCGUAAUAUAAGCACAAUAUUAUUUGUUUAUCCGGAACGGUGUUCCUUGUCACAGUUUCCUCCGGAGUUCUUAGAGCGACGCGCUGUGGACGGACCGGUCGCAAACGACUCUGCACUCCCUGUAUAAGUGCACUAUAUAAAGUGAAAUAGUUUGGACACACACUUGCGCGUUAUUUGAAUAAGUAGUAUAUAUCUCUGUAGCGCGGUGAUAUAGCAGAUCUAUUUCAAUUCUUUUGUAAUGUCUGGGGUGUUUUUUUGGUGUCUACAUCCUGUGAAGUGCACCCAUGUAGGGAAGAAGGCGUGAUUUGGGAUUUGGCCCGCGGAAAGUCCGACUGAUUUGGAGAAGCUGAGUAGAGAUAAGAUACGCUGUGUAAACAAACCGGUUUAACGGUUAAACUUUUUCAAUCAGAGCUUCUUUAACGGACAAAAUGGCGUCCCGGUCCCUGUCCUCUUCCCCCGACUCAGCGAAGCCCGACCCCGGGGAGGAGCGCGGUGUGGAGUCCGGUACCGGCUCAGACUUGGAGGGAGCAGAGCUCGAGCGCGAGUUUGGGUCCGCCGCAGACAGAGUGCGCGAGCUCGUGCAGACCGCGAGCAGGGAGGAGCUUCUUUACCUGUACGCCAGGUACAAACAGGCCACAGUUGGGAAAUGUAACACACCCAAACCGGGGUUCUUCGAUUUCGAGGGUCAGAGGAAGUGGUCAGCAUGGAAGCAGUUGGGUGAUAUGAGUAAGGAGCAGGCCAUGCAGGAGUACAUUUCCUCUGUACACAAACUCGAUCCUGACGGAUUUAAGGAUUCUUCUGAGAGAAGGAGAGGAGAGCGCAGGACGGCGUUUGGUGGAGCAGCAGUGAGCUGUUUGUACCAGCAAGAGACGAUCAGGGAGGAGGAUAAGAACAUAUUUGACUACUGCAGAGAGAACAACAUCGAGCAGAUUCGCUCGGCCCUCAGCACACACAACGUCGACGUCAACACCAAGGACGAGGAGGAUCUCUCUUACCUGUUUCAGGGUCGAGCGCUGCUGCACUGGGCGUGUGACAGAGGACACAAAGAGCUUGUGACUUUCUUACUGAACAACAACGCCAACAUCAACAGCCAGGAUAACGAAGGCCAGACUCCUCUGCAUUACGCGUCUGCGUGUGAGUUUGGUGAGAUAGUGGAGCUCCUCCUGCAGAACGGUGCCGAUCCCUCCAUUAAAGACGGAGAAGGUUCUCUCCCUGAGGAAGUGACCGAGUCCAGCUCCAUCUCGUCUCUCCUUCGGCAGUACAGCGCUCCCAAAGGAUAAAACACACACAGACGCACACACACACACAGACACACACACCUGUAUCACUCCACAGCCGGUCUGAGUCUCUCUCUCUCUCUCUCUCUCUCUGUUAUUAUCAGGACAGAGCCGAGCCCGCUGUCUGUUUCUGGAGACUGCAUGUGGUUUAGGGGUUAGGGCACAGGUUAGGGGUGUCAGUAGGGAUCAGUUUUACUGCACACUCCAACUUUCCCCUGGUGAGUUCAGUGGUGAAGGAUCUUAAAAUCUGGAGAUUAGGGUUUAGGGGUUAGGGCAUAGGGUUUGGAAGUUAAAUUGGAGUGUAGGGGUUUGGAAAUUUAGGUCAAACUCCUAAUUUCUAAACCCUAAAUCUAACCAAUAAUCACCCAGACCUUAAUCCCUAUUCCCUAAUCCCUAAACCCUAAUCCCUAAACCCUAAUCCCUAACUCAAACCCCCCUAAUUCUAACUCGCACUGUAAACCCCAACACUUUAGCAGUCAGUAUUGAUGCAGAAUAAACAACACUGAACUGACUUCUUCUUUACACGUGCAUUAUGAAGUGAAUUUACUUCUUAGUGCGGCUGUGGAGUGCACACUAUCUCUCUCUCUCUCUCUCUCACACACACACACACACACACACACACAUUCCGGUUUUAUUUAAAACUUAGCCUCACUGUUAUUGUUGUUCUAUUAAAAUCGCUGAAUCUUAAAAACAGUGUUGUUCCUACAUUUUUUUUUUUGUUUUUUUUGUUAGGGGGUGUGUGUGUGUGUGUGUGUGUGUGUGUGUGUGGAUUUGUUUCUAUUAGUGUUGCAGGUUUUGUUUGCAGUUCUGUUUGUUCUGUUCACAAAUACAACAAUAAAAAUUAAAUGUUGUUGUGACUGUUUAUAUAAUCAUGCUUUAUACACAUGCUAAUCUAACAGAUCGUGUGUGUGUGUGUGUGUGUGUGUGUGUGUGUGUGUGCAUGUGUGGGAUUUUCCUGGAACAGCACAUCCCCGUGUGUGUUUUAUUCCUCUUGUUCUACAGCAAUUUACCAACAAUUACAAUUUUCUCUUUAUUAAAGAACGACACGUCAUACUUUUUAUCCAUUUAUAGUUACGUUUAAUGUUUUUUGCAAAAUGACCUGCGUUACAGCAGCUACAGAACACUCGUCCCCUCACCUGCCUCUCUUUAUUCUCGCUCUCUCGAAGUCAAGAAGAAGAAAAAAGCGUACCGUCACGUUACCAAGAAACCGCGAGGAAGCGUAAAAACUCCUCUGUCCUGAAGAUGUUGGAAAACUUCAAGUUACAGCUUCACCUCUGACACUGGAGACUCCUUCCCUACACGUUACAUAAACAUACAGGUCCCUGUGAUUGAGCUGUGACUAUAGAACGAGCGCAUUAAUGAUGAAUAAACUAAAUAGUGAUUUGUAGCUGCGCUACUGUCAGAGCUGCGGUUAUAGAUAAUGAAUCAACACCUUCUGGCCAAUCAGAACGGAGCAUUCAGCAGCACAGCACUGUGGGUAAUAUUUUCUGUUGUUUUCUCUAGCUCUGUUUACAGCAGUGCACUUUUCAUGAAAGCUGAGGGAGUGGUCACUAAUCCUAGUCUCUUCAUAAAUCUCGUUUCAUCUGCAUCCCAUCCAUCUACUUAGACACACACACACACACACACACACACACUUUGAGUAAAGAUUUAAAGUGGGUCAUUUUG